UGUGAGCAAAUUCCGGACGCCUCGCUCCGCGACUCUCCUGCCUUUUCCCCGGGAUACCCUGUGUUUUCUGUGCUUUUCCGUCGCCUCGCCUUCCCAAAUCGCGGAUUUUCGCGGGAAACCCGAAGGAUCCUCGGUGUUCAGGGUGGUGCAUCGACCCAUCGCGUCCGCGUUUCGAAAUCGCGAGCGUCGCGCGUGCAAUCCCCGAUGCACCCUGCGCUGUGUCCUGUGUUUUAGUGGUGGUUCCUUUGUCGCCGAUUUCUGUGUUGUGCCUCCGCUCCCCGAGGAUUAUUCUGUGCUCCUUCCUCGCCCUCGCCCCCGCCCACGCGGACAUGAUCCGGAUAAUGGAGAGAAGUUUUGCAUCAACCUAAAGGUGAUGGUGGAGAUGUAGCAAGGAGUAUGGGUCUGGAGGGAUGGGCCUGCGUUCGGACUUGGACCCCUCUCUGCCGCUAAACGCUCAGCAGUCAUACUUCCUCCUCCUCUGCUUCUUCCUCAUUUUUUCGUCAGGGAAAAGCAAUGGGCCGUUCCAGGACGCAGUGCACAUUACUGCCAUCCUGGGCGAGUCGGUGGUGUUCAACUGCGGGGUGGAUUUCCCCGCUGACCACCCCGUCCCGUACGUCCUCCAGUGGGAGAAGAAGGUGAGCGUCGACACGGGUCAGGACAUCCCGAUCUACAUCUGGUAUGACAGCUAUCCAACGCACAGCGGCGAGGGCUACGAGGGUCGGGUCAGCAGGGUCUCACCGGACUCACCGUACGGCCUGGCUAGCCUCAACCUGACCAACAUCCGCGAGAGCGAUCAGGGCUGGUACGAGUGCAAGGUCGUCUUCCUCAAUCGCUCUCCCAACUCCCACAAGAACGGCACCUGGUUCCACCUCGAUGUCCACGCGCCACCGCGUUUCAGUGUGACGCCGGCGGACAUCAUCUACGUGAACUUGGGGGACGCCAUAAUUCUGAACUGCGUGGCGGAAGGGACCCCGACGCCGGAGAUCCUCUGGUACAAAGAUGACAACCCGAUCGAGUCCUCCUCGACGACCGGCGUCUUCAACGACGGCACCGAACUCAGGAUCUCCAACAUCAGGCACGAGGACAUCGGCGACUACACCUGCAUCGCCCGCAACGGUGAAGGCCAGACCAGCCAUACCGCCCGGGUCAUCAUUGCUGGAGGUGCAGUGAUAAUGGUGCCCCCAACGAAUCAAACAAAAUUAGAGGGUGAGAAAGUCCAGUUCCUCUGCGAGGCGAAGGCCCUCCCAGGAAAUGUAACCGUCCAUUGGACUAGGGAGGGUAUCCCUGUUUGGGAAGUUGCUGCUCUAGAAACUAGGGUCACCCAAAAGAAGGACGGUUCGCUUGUGAUAAACCCUGUGAGUGCUGACGAUUCCGGGCAAUAUCAAUGUCAGGUCUCUAACGGGAUUGGUGAACCUCAGAUAGCCUCUGCCUACCUCAGUGUGGAAUAUCCUGCCAAAGUGACUUUCACUCCCACUAUCCAGUACCUUCCAUUCCGGCUUGCCGGCGUAGUUCAAUGUUAUAUCAAAGCAAAUCCUCCGUUGCAGUAUGUAACAUGGACGAAAGACAAGAGACUGUUGGAGCCUUACCAAACCAAAGAUAUAGUCAUUAUGAACAAUGGCUCUUUAUUAUUUACUAGGGUUAAUCAAAAUCAUCAAGGUAGAUACACCUGCACACCUUAUAAUGCUCAAGGAACUCAGGGCUCAUCAGGUCAAAUGGAAGUGCUUGUGAGAAAGCCUCCUGUUUUCACGCUGGAGCCUGAGUCCAUGUACCAGCGUAAAGUUGGUGAAUCUGUAGACAUGCAUUGUGAUGCUCAAGAAGCGGAGGGAACGCAAAAGCCAACCAUCCAGUGGCAGAGGCGAGAUGGGCAACCUCUCCCCAAAAGCCGAGUGCGAGGUGUUGGUGGUAAUAUCACUGUUGAUAGUUUGCGGCGGACUGACUUUGGAUUUUACCAGUGUGUCGCCAGCAAUGAGGUUGCCACCAUUGUUACAUCAACGCAGCUGGUUGUUGAGGGAACUCAACCUCAUGCACCUGACAACUUAACCGCAACUGCCUCAGAGUUCUCCAUUUCUCUCUCAUGGUUACCAGGAUACAGUGGAGGUCCCGACUACAAACAGAAUUACACGAUUUGGUAUAGGGAAGCAGGCGCAGGCGAAUGGUCAACAAUUCCUGUCACCCCUGCUGGUGCUACUCAAGUUACUAUCAAUAGGUUAUCGCCAGGCACUACGUACGAGUUCCAGGUCAUUGGCAAAAAUGCCCUUGGCGAUGGAAUGCUCAGUAAAAUAAUCACUGUCAGAACACUAGAAGCCUAUAAACCUACGCCAAAGCCAAAUACCGCUACGACACAAGCACCUGACCAUGAAUUUGCCUCCCCGGAGAAAAGUGAUGUAAAUGAUUACUCUCUUAUUUCAUUCCCAACUGACUCCACAGGAGCCACUCUUAUUCCGCCUGUUUUUAGGCCCAAAGGGCCACGUCCUAGUCAGCCUCGUAAUGUAACUGUAACAGAAGUAAGUAAUGGAUUUGUGAUUUCGUGGGAGCCACCAGCAGAACGCCACAACUUAGUUCAAUAUUAUGACAUUAAAUUUCGCACUGAUGGGGCCUGGAGGACACUAAAUAAAGGAGCAAAAAUAAAGCCUGAAGACACCUCCUAUUUUGUCAAGAGCCUGGUCGGUGGUAGGACUUAUCAUUUUCGAGUCGUUGCAUUUGGAGUGACGACGUGGCAAAGUAGCGAAAUUCAUAAAUUUUCUGUGCCUGCUAGAGUAAAACACAAAGCAAUCACUGCUGGCGUUGUUGGAGGUAUCCUGUUUUUCAUCGUAGCAAUUAUCCUUUCUGUCUGUGCUGUAAAAAUUUGUAAUAAGAGAAAACGGCGGAAACAGGAAAAAGCUUACAAUAUGGUGGCUUGUCGUAUUACUGAUGCCAGGAAUGGCGGGCAGAUCCCCACAGCGAGUCAAGUGCCUUUGAAAAAAUUUAGGAAAAGCAGAGUACCAGGCUUAGAAGUAAUUAGAAGACUGUUUAACUCUAGUAUACACCCAGAUGAAGACUGGAACUUUGAUGGAAAAAAGCGUGUCGGAAGAAUUUCCCGCACAGCAGAUGGACGCUUCGUUCUAACCAGCUCCAGAACCAGCAGCAUCAGCAGUUCAAGUGAUGAUGGAGGAUUUUUGUCCCGCCCCAGUUUCCGGGACUUCAGAGAGCGUGCUAUCUGGAGACGCAGGCCUCUAGUUGCCUAUCCUUCAGAUUUGAGCCUGCGAACCGAUGGCUCAGGAGAAAGUCUGGCUGUUUUCCAGACCCCAAUUCCGAAUCCCACCAUUCCCAUAAUGUACCAUCACCCACCACCGAAAGUCACAGGAACUCCAUUCCGUGCCAGCUCACCGGCCUCGACUGUCAUGUCCCCAUUUUGGUCACCGCUCUACUUCAGUGACCUCAGUUCAGUACGGCAGCCCAGCUCAGCAGAACGGACUCUGCGCAGCGUCCACGAACAGUACAGUCAAGAGUUGCCCUCUCUUCGUACAAUUCAUGAAGAAAAUCAGCGAACUUUGAGUACAACCUCCUACAGUCCAAGGCAAAUUAGCGGCUACAAACACAGGUCUAAGUUGCUACCCAGGCACGUUAGGCACUCAAGGUCAGCUCCUGAGUUAGCAGCGUUGACAACAGAAGCAUCCCCUGAAAGCCGAUCAAGUUCAAGUGGAUUUGGUUCAAAAAAUACAUCCCAACAGACAGGCAGCUCCAAUAUUGCAGAGUGGAAAGUCCCACCAUAUAGACCCCCUCCGGCUCCUCCGCCUACGUUGUGGGUUGACUACAACAUCACACCAAGUAUUGUACAUCCUUCACCAAGUGUUGAUGACCACUAUGAAUUUGACCCUGUGUUCCCUGCCUCCCCAACUCCAACUGACCUUACCAUGACAAUGCGUCCUCGAACUCCGCUUACACGCUCAAGAUACGAGAACAUAGAGGCAAGAGUUCAGGCGAUGAAGGAAGAAUUCUACGCUUUUAAGAAACGACAAGCUAAAAGGUUGCAGCUGGAAGAGUUAGAAAGUGCAUGCUAGUAGCAGAAAUGUUGAUCAUUCAACUAUAAGACUGUUCAGGGAACUACCAGAUUAGUUUGACAAUUUUGUACUGAGAUUGUUACCAAAGUAAAACAAUGUUAUUUUAUGGAUCUCUUUUAUGCAUCAAAAUCUUCUUGAGAAUAUAAUUUUCUUACAUAACAUACCAUUCUAAUCCUUACUUUGAGCAUAUUUUGAGGUACCCCAGUUGAAACUUGAAGCAUGAAAAAUCACAUAAAAAGUGAAAAUGACAUUUUUCUCGGAGAGUGUCUAAAGCUGCAACCUUGUUAGAAAGUUGAUUUUCUUAAGUGACUCGUUGAGGUGCCUUUAUUUUUUAUCAAGGAUCAAUUGAUUUUUUUCACUGAUCUUUCCAGAGCCCGAGAGUAACUGUCCAUUUCCCCCAAGAACCCGUAUUAGCUUUGUGUAUUUUCUGUAUCAGCAGGUUGCCACUGUCAAUCAGCCUGAAGAUUUUGAGCUGUUUUGUUUCGCCUGUUCUAACGCUUUCUUGAUUAAGUAAGUAGAUUUACUGUGCGAUAAAUUCCACACAGUUAAUUGACUGAAGCUUUGAUACUUUUUUAAAGCGUUAAGUUGUCAAUGUAAAACGGUUUUCUUCAACCGGAACCUCUCCUUAAAGUUAAUUAUUAGGUGAGACUGGUCUCUUCUCUGUGGUUUCAAUGAACCCAGUUUCAAUUUAUGCCAGGAAUGUCAUUUUAAUAUUUGCUGGAUUUAUGUUUCCGCAAGCAAGGAUGCAGUACUUUCCCAGCUGUUUUGCGGUAAUAAUGAUGUUCCAAACCUUUUUUUUUUUUUGCAUACCAGUGGUUUAACCCCCUCAAACUUUUUUUAGUUACUCUGGAUCAGGAAGGUACAUAUUUACCUUUCUCAAUUUGUUACUCUGUAAAUACUCUCAAACUUCUGUAAAUAAUGUAAGAAAGAUUAUGUUUUGAAAUGUAAAUGCACACUUAAUCGUUCACAUAGGUCAUUGUGAAAAUUGUGAACUUUUUAAUCAAAAUGCUCGAAAGCUAAACUGUUGCCGAUGCAAGGAUAAUUUAAUUUUUAUUUUAAACUUUUAGUUGAUCUCAAUUCGUCUAUCAUUGUGUCAUACUGGUAAUAAGUAAAGGAUGUAAUUAGUAAUAAUGUUAAAAGCCAGACUUUCCACUGAUUCGUAAUUGAUUUCUUCACUGCCAGAAAAUGAUCAUUACUAAGAGGCAAGUAAAGAUGAGGAUUACAUCUUUUGAGUGGUUGAACCUUCAAAGUUAACAGUGUAAUUUUGCUGAAUCAAACUUAGAAUAAUGCUCCCGGACUUUCUUGUUGUCGUUUCCUAUAUUUUCAAUCAGUCGGAUGAUAAAUUUUCAGAAACCUUAAAUUUUUCAUAGUCCCAUUACAUUAUUGGCUCUUAUAUGAAGGAACGUAACCUGAUUGCGCUAUCUCAGUGUUUCUUACUUACAUUUUAUUGGUUCAUAAGAGAACCGUCACAUGAAUUCACCUGAUAUUUCCAGUAAGUUUUCUUUACCUAUGUAAAAGAAGACUCUGAAAUUUGUACAUUAAUUUGUCCAAAGGCUCUCCCACGUAAAAAUAAAAUGUUGAUAGAAUUACUGAAUUAGUCUUUACGAGAUACGUUCCUUGGUGGAGGAGAGGACGACAUGUUUUGUGUUACCGGAGCCAGCAAGAAAAUUAAGAACGUGUUUCAGUGCGAAAAGGACCUCUUUUAGUGGUCAUUUUCAAAUUGACCAUUUAUGAUGAGACUUUAUUUGUUAGAAUAAUUUAUGACUGUUUUAAUCCCACCCUUUGAAAUCCCUACCUCCUGCCAUUUUGUACGAAUUUUUGUGAUCAGUGUACUCAAGUAAAAACUGUUGUGAAUGCAAAGGAUUUAGUAGUCCAAGCUGGACCGGAGUAGUGAGCUGAAACUGUAUCAAAACGAAUCAUGUAAGCAAUUAUUAAAAAUCACUUAAUGAUUUAUCGGUGAAAAUUAGUCCCCUGUUUAGAGAAUGCAGGCAUGUAUCUCUCAUGGAGAUUAAAAAGUGAAACCAGAAAAUGUAGGAAUCUUUUGAGCUGCGAAAUCAAAGGUCAGCCAGAACUUGCGUAGAAUACAAGUCUUUCAUCUCCAGUAUGAAAAAUGCUUUAAACCCUGAAGUGACUUUAGUCAAGCCCUUUAUCCUACCAUGGAUUUUUUAUUUUUAUUUAUUUUUGUUUAAUCAGUGAAAAGUAAGUAAAAAGGAAAAUAUUUAUAAUUUUAUCACGUAGGUAUCUCACAUAGAAGCAAGAAAUCAAACUCUGAGGCAAGCAACAAUUUAAUUGUUCCGUUUUACCAAUGGAAACUAACCUAGCUUUACCGGUGACUUCUUUUUUGUAUCAAUUUUAUCUAGAAAACGAAAGAAUGUUUAAAAUCAUACAAUAUAUUGUUGCUUUGCUUAAGUUAAUAUUUUUAAAGGAUCAUUGCAUCAAAUUUUUUGAUAUUUGUCCCCUGUGAGGCUAGGAAAACAUGGCAGGCUUGAUACCUCCUCUAGUCUGUGACUUCUAUAAUUCUUAAUCUCGGUUAAUUUUCACUAUAAGAAAGUAUCCUUUCUUUUUAAUUGAAGUGCAAACAAACUCCUCCUAGAGGCAAGUUUUUGUUUUUCUUUCUUUUUUUUAACUACCUCGUUUCCAAAGAAUGUGCAUUCCUACCUUUCCCAUGAAGAAGAAUUCAUCGUGAUGAGCUUGAAAUGCUCUGGUUUUCAAAGGAAUGAGCUACCGGGAGAAGUCGGACUUGAAAUUUUUGACUAAAACUGCAAGUUUUGAUGAUUUUUUCGAGACACUAUAAGUUUGAAGGAGUGCUUUAUGAUGAAAAUUUUACAGGAAAACCAAUGGAGCCCCUUUUAAACCUUCAUGUCUUGUAUCAACAGAGACAUAAACUCUUGGAUUUCUACAUGAUGUCUUCAUGUCUUCUUCUUAUGGGCCGCUCCACUGUGUGGCAUCGAUCAAGUAGUUAGAGCCAUCUUGCCGAGCUAAGGAAGAACGCCGUAUGAGCCUUCAGACACUGCUGUAUUUUCUUAAAUAAAAACGAUUUUACUGCAAAAAUGGUGAAUGUUUUCCUUCAAACUUUCAGGCAAUCUUGUUUGUAAUGUAAUAUAAAGCACAUGAAAAUUUCCGGGAAAUAUUUACAUUUCUUUCCUCAAAAAUACAUGUUUAAUUCAGGGAAGUUUGGCAACUCUCAAAUGUUCAUACAGCGUUCUUCUUCAGCACGGCAUUAUUAAUCAGAUUGUUUGUUGUGAUAGAUUUACAUUAUUCUAGUUGGAUCAGUGUCAUGCAAUGGAUAAUGGUGCAAGAUUCAAAGUUAUUUUGACGUGCUUUUCUUCAUCGAUUCCUGAAAAAUGGAACAUUUCGACUCAUACUUUUGUUGGAAAUAAGGAACGCUUUUUCUGAGGAAACAAGCUUUGGCAAUUAUGUGAUCUCUUACUCUAAUUUUAUUUAUUUAGCCCCUCUUAUCUCAUAUUUUAUUUUCAAUCCCCGCCACUUGUGUGUCGACUGGUUAAAUUGGUUUUAGUAUUACAUUAUCAAAGUAUGCAUGAUGAAAGUUAAUUGUAGCUCCUAUCUCCAUAAAAUUAGUUCUUUUGUUUUGACAAUGUAUUUUUUUGUGUUCAUUAAUUUUACGUUCGUGUAUGUAAUUGCCUGUUUAUGUUCUGUAUAAGUUUGUUGUAUUUCACUGCACUUGAUUUGUCUUUGUUUUAAGAUUAUUCCAUGGGUUUUUUUUUCUCUCUUAUUUUUUUUCUCUCUGUAUACAAACCUAAAACUUCAAAUCUUGUCAAAUCUAGCUCUGAAAUGGUUUAAUCCUGUGAAUAGGUCUCUAGCAACAAAACAGAAACCAACCAAUGAAAAAAUAUAUCAAACCAUAACUACAUCCAGUAACAACCAUCAAAAUAUUGCGCUUACCAUCCCAACUGCUAUAAUUCUAAAUAAAGUAUCAUCAUUUAAGUCUGGUAAGGUUGAAUACCUACUUAAAGUCUUAUGUUGUGAACAAAUACUCUGUACGCCCAGAGAGCUGCUUUUUGAAUGAUCAACGAUAAACAUCCGGUUUUAUGCGGUAGCUCAUUUGACUACUCUCUCCACCCAUUGCAGCCACUGAUGUAUAUUUUAAUUCCCUCAAUGCAGAUAUUUGUCCUAUGUCGACAAGAAUUUCAAAAAUUUAUUUUCCGCAAUUUUUUUUAAAAGCAAUAUUGUUUUUAACUGAGAAAUUUUUUAUAUUUGCUCUUAAGUAUCUCCUAACAUUCAUAAUCACUAGAAAUAUCAUGCCAUUUACCAGUACCUACCUACCUAGUUACUACCGAAUAUAUUAGUCCGUUUGUAUUCAGAAAUAAAGAUGGUUGCAGCAUGCGGAAACAGUACAUCUCUUAUCUUCUUCUCAUCUUCAUCAUCAUAGCAACAAUGCACUACAGAAGAGCACCUAAUAGCAUGAGACCCAUUGUCUUUAAAACCUAUGGUACGCAAAUAAAAUUCUCUUGGCAUAAUCAUGUGUGUAAAUAUUUAGUCCUUGAACUCUCCUCUGGUGCAAAUAAUAUGUAAUUACAUUUAAAAUCUCUUGAAUAUUUACAACUGUUAGAAAUCAUCUAUCUCUCUUCUAAAUUUAGCUCUGCUCCUUCAGUUUUGCACUCUUCAAGGUCAAACAAAUUAGUGUAUUUUUUCUUCAUUUUUGCGUAAAAAGUCUGUGUUUUUAAGAUAUAUCUUCAGAACUGAGUAAAGUUUAAGAAUCCUUUCAUAAGUUUUUCAAGAAAAAUGUCUGGCUCAACAUUUUGACUGCUUCCUGACCCCAUGAAAAAACUUGGCAAUUAAUGACCUUCUGCGAAGCAUUUUUUGUACCAUAUGUUAAUAGUGAACAUUUUCUAUAAAUAAAAUAAGUCUCCAAGUAGACUCAAUGCACUAGCUACGAUAUGAAAUACGAAUUUGAAAAUUGUAUCAUAAAAUUAUAAAAAAUUUACUCAUGUACAUAUGUGAUAUAUGCAACGUUUUUAUUAUCCAAAAUAUUAUUUAUUGAAGUUUGACUUCAAACAAGAUUGAAAUCAUUUUAUUUUGUUGUUAAUUUUUUUAAUAUGUCCUCAGCAAUUCCUUGUAUUCAGCCGGUGAUUACAGACCCCUUGACAUCAUGAAAAACCUCAAGUUUCCACUUAAAGUGAUCUAUAGACCUGAAUUAGCUCAUAAUUUCUGUGAUUUUUAAAUGCAUGUAUUGACAUUUUCAGAAACGCAUCAAUGUCCUCAUCAUCACAAGGGGUUUUUCCAGUAAAAUUUUUUGGGUAGAAAAGCAGGUGUCAUCUAGAGGUCUUAGUGGUGCAUUUCCUGAUAUUUUGAUCAUAGUCAUUUUUAUGUCAGUUUUUCAUGGCUUGAAUUUUUUGAGUGACUGACUGUGGUGUUAGUAUAAAAUCAGAUUAUUUUUUAGCAAGAGGGAAAAACGUGUGCGUAUCCCUGAAACCCAAAAUUAUUAUCCUUCAUUGACAGAUGAAGUAGAGAGAUUAAUUAUCAAUAGAGUUGAUUAUACUGUUCGAUAUUGAUCAUUUUUCUUAAACAUCUUAGAAAGCCAAGUGUAAUUAUUUAAAUGCAGUUUUUUAACAGAAAAACAGCCAGUUAGUUGACAACUAUAACAAAUUCUUGAUUGGUAAUUUUUUAAUUGGGUUCAAUAAAAAUAGACCUUUUUCACACUCAGAUUAUCGGUAUGCCUCUAAAUAUUGCUCAAGGUACAUUUUUAAUCCCACCUUAAUUUUAGCAUGCUAACAAUCACAAAAUUAUGAGCUACAAAGCGACUUUAUAAUAGCAGGUCUGCUAAAGUGCAAAAAAAUAUUUUGAGCAAUCUUUUCUAAGUAACGAUAAGAGGAGUAGAACAAUUUAUUCGCUUACUAUUUAUAUGAUGGAAACUUUAGCCCCACUGGUGAAUACAUUUUGGCCAUCCCUCAGUUCUAAUGUGAUUUUUAUUGUAUCAAUAAAAACCAUUUAUGUACUAAUUAUAAAAGGAGAAAAAUUCUAUUUGUUAUUCUAAUUGAUCGUUAGAUUUUCAUGUCAGCACUUGAUUCCCAAUUUGUUCGAGACAAAAAAAAAUGAAUAAAUAAAUCUUUAAUUGACCCAUAAUUUGAUUGCAAUAAGUACUACCUUGUUCUCUUGGCGAUUGUAGAAUUCAGUGUGUCAUCAUUCAAUACUCGAUAUUGAAAGUAUGUCCCAGCAUGUUCAACUACUGUAAGAAUUUUAUUGAAGGAAAAAAAAUAAAACGCUUUAAAUACUUUAAUUUGUUCUUUUCGUUUUUCAAUAUACUGAAGAGCAACAUUGAAUUUUUGUUGUAAAUUAUCUUCUGACUAUCCAUAGUUUGUGUAAGUAAUUGAAUCUGUUCCUGUGGCACCAUAAACUUGAAUCUCAGUCGACCUUUUUUUCUUUAAUUGGUCGGUUUCAGUUGCCUCACAUAAAAAGUAAAUUACCAUCGAUAUCUAUUCUUAUUUUUUAUUCAGCAUCACAUUUUUGUCCAUGAGUUGUGGAUAUCUAUUCUUCUUUGUUUUCAAAUUGUUUUAUAUUCCUCCAAACAUUUGAAAAAAGGAAUUUUAUCAUUAUUUUCUCUGUAGAACUGUAUGGAGUGCUCAUGUUUUGUACAUCAUUGUUUCGGAAACCUUAGUUUUGAUUUUAUUCCAUUUUCUGUUUCAAUUUUUUGCUCUGUUUCAUUUAGCUGUAUUGCCAGCUUGCUCAGGAAAUUUAACGUAACAGUCAAUUCUUAAAAGCUUAAAGUCAUGAGUCUGCCUACGGAGACAUUGUCAAGCAAAUGGGAUUAGUCUCUGCCGACAUAGUAACAGAAAAAAUUCUGAUCUCUCCCAUUAAUUUUAUUCAUUACUUUGCAUUACUUUUUGCUAUUUCUUAAAUUUUUUAACAUUCUCUUUUGUCUAUUUGCUAUUCUCUCUCUUGUAUUUAGCUCUCCAGUUUAAGUUUACUUACCAAAAUUUAUUUUAAAACUAUUGCCAGAAGCAUGAAGCAGAUCAGAUUUGUCCUCCAUGAUAGUAUGAUUUUUCUCCAAGCACUUCUUUCAGUUCUAUUAGAGUCUCGUAUAGAAUCUUUAUUGUUCAAAAAAUGAAUAAUUUAAGAGUUUAGCUCAAUAUUUUCUAUAGUUGUAGCAGUAUAAUUGUUAAUUAUACUGGAAAUAGAAUCGACAAACUGAAUAUAUAUGUAACAAAUAGAUUUUAGUGACUUGUUCUAAAUGAUGUGUAAAUUUUAUAUUGAUUUUGUUAGCUUAAACUCUUUUUAUUUAUUUUUAAUUUAUCCAUUUAUUUAUUUAAGUUUCAAACUGUAUAGUUACUUUUUUUAUUCUGUUUAAUUUUAGUAGCUCUCGUGCUCAUGUUUAAAAAUUUAAAAAUGUCUUUUCUCUUCAACUUAGGAUUUUUACAUUUGGUCAAAUUUUACUCAAACUGUUCAAUAAUAAAUUUAACUUACUAUCCUAAGCACACAGUCUCUCUAUCUCCAAUUUUGGUCAAGGACUAAAACACAGUCUCUGUAAUUAACAAAAAAUAGCUAAUACCAUUCUACCAGUAUUCAUAUGAAUCCAGCUCUUUGUUACAAUUUUUGGGCAUUUUUUAAUGGAUAUCAUUUGAUUGUCAACUAUUCAACGAAAGUGGCAUUUUGAUGUCAAAUGCCAACCUGAAAAUAUAUAGGCCCUAAUCACCUAACGUUAUUUCAACUACAGAUUGACCUUAGCACUUAUAUUAAAAUGAUGGUAUUUUCAAUAAGAAUGUAAAAUCAGUUUUCUUCUCUUAUUUUUAUGUUAGUAAUUAAAAAUACUAAGUUGAAAAAUUGUUAUUUUCAUUUGAAUAAAGUUUAUUACUUAACUUGA